AGUCGAAUGCUCUGAACUCAAAGAGGAGAUGAAGAGUCUAAGACAUCAACUAGAACACACUCAAAGAGAAAAGGAGCGACUCUCCCUCUCUCUAUCCAACAAAACUAAAUUAAUAACUAGCCACACCUCCGAGGAGUCUGGCCUACGCUCGGCUUUACACCAGGCACAGUUGAGGCUGGAGGAAGUUGAGGAGGAGAAGAACGAAAUGAAGCGUAGAAUGACUCGGCAGGCGAAAGAAGUACAGACACUCCAGGGGAAAAUGAGUGAUUUACAGAAUGAAGUUAAUAUGUACAAGUUGCUCUCAGAACAGCUCAAGUCUACUCCUCCUGUGUCUCCUACUGAUGAUGAGAAUAAGAGACAGUUGGAUUCACUCCAAGGAGAAAUGGCAACACUCUCUGCUAGUUUACAAUCAAUGAAGAGAGAGAGGGACCAGGCGCUGAGUGACGUGACUGCCCUACGUGAUACUAUGAUGCACAAUAGACAGGAGACUGCUAGAAAAAUUGGUGAGCUAGAGACACAGUUAAAAGAGUCACAGAUACUCAUACACUCACUCCAGCAACAGCUUUCAGCACAACAUCAACAAGAUACUAGUCAGAAUGAGUUGAAGGAUGAAACACUGAGAGCUAAAGAUGAGGCACUGCUCAUAGCUCAGAGAGACAUUGAAACACUUCAAGAACAAAUUAAACAACUAACUACCAAUAAUAACAUGCUGAGUCAGUUACAAUCAGAGACCGAAGAGAGAGCUAACAGUUACGAAGAGCAACUCAAACUAGCCCAAGAUCAAGUGGUAGACCAGCAGUCCCUCCUAACUACAGUGUCCCACGACAAGGAAACCCUCUCUCGGGUCGUAUCUCAAAAUAAAGAACUCAAAAAGAACCUUGGGGAGCUACAGGACGCUUUCGUACUUCGUACUAAUCAGAACGCUGAGCUGGCAGAUUCGCUUGAAACGGAGACAAGACGGAGGCAGAAACUGGAGGAGAAGUGUUCACAAUUAACUGAGAGUCUUAAUAUGGAGAGACAGAGACUUGGGGAACUGACUGAAGAGUUACACUCGUUGAAGAGACAAGAGGAGGAGAGAGAGAAAGAGGAGGAGGAGAGAGAGGAGGAAGAGGAGGAGGAAACUGAUUCUCCUGUAUCCAGACAUGUAGUUAUGGAUGAACAAAACCAGUCACAGGUGCAGGAGUUAAGUAUUGAAGUGGCCAGUUUAAGGGAAGAGAGGGACAGGUUGCUGCAAGAGUUAAGACGUAUCUCUCCUCCUCCAAUGGAACAGGAUGAGUCACUUCAAUCAGUUGACCUUCAGAAAAGCUUCUCUGCUCUUCAGGAGCACUUUGUUACUGUGAUGCAUGACAAAGCUGAGCUAGAGGACAGACUCCAGGAGAGUGAGCACAGGAUAGUCCAAUUGGAAGGAGAGACUGAGACCAUCGGAGAAUAUGUGGCCUUGUAUCAGACUCAACGAGAAGCUCUCAAGAUUAAAUUUGCAGAGAAAGAUCGUUUGAUAGAGCAGUUGACACAAGAGAAGGCAAUGCUUGAGUUAAGAUUCAGAGAAGUCCAGUCAUUAGUAAAGCAGUUAGAUCGAACCGAUAACAAAGAAAACAAGUCCUCAAAUCCUCCAUCCUCAUCUCUUCCUCUCCACCUACUCCAGACCACACAUCAAGAUCAGAUUGUAUCGAUGAUAGAGGAACUGACCUCGCCACUCACAAGUAUUGAACCUAACGUUCACUGCCCUUGCUGCUCGGGUAAUCUUAUUAUUGUAUGAGCUCGGUACUUGUACAUGAAUUACAUGAAGUCUUUCUAUAAUGUACAUUUAAAUUAUAGUUAUGCCUGGCUUUCUGUGAUUAAUUUAUUAACAUAUUAAUUUAUAGAUUUUAUUAUUAUUAUUAAUUAUCAUUGUACUAUUAUGACACCUCUCUGAUGAUAAAUUUUAAAAGAUUGUUAA